AUGCACUUCUCUCGUGCUUCCAUCGCCCUCCUAGCUGCUGGCCUUGUCAGUGCACAGCUACCGAAUGUCCCGGCCUGUUCUCUGAACUGCUUCGUCUCUGCCCUCUCCGCUGAUGGAUGCUCAUCCUUAACCGAUUUCGCGUGCCACUGCCAGAAGCCUGACCUUGUUCCGAGUAUCACGCCUUGUGUGCAGAGCGCCUGCAACAUUGCCGAUCAGUCUUCUGUCUCCAGUGCCGUCGUCUCCCAGUGCUCUGCCGCCGGUCACCCAAUCUCUGUGCCCUCUGUCGGCGCUGCCAGCACCACAGCUUCGGAGACAACCACCACUACGGAGUCGUCGACCCAGACUGUGACCACCACUACCACCUCUUCCACUGGCUCUACUACCUCCUCGUCGACAGUCUCUUCAACCACCUCUUCCUCCCCGGCCUCGAGCUCACACCAUCACUCGUCUAGCUCUGCGUCGACCACGCGCACCUUGACGAGCACAGAAUCAAGCUCUGCAUCUACCAGCGCCAGUGCUUCUGCAACUACCACUCUGUCCAACAACGCUGGUUCCGACAAGGCCAAUGUGGCGGGUGUUGCUGCCGUGGCGGCGGCUGCUCUCUACUUGCUGUAG